AUGGCACCAACAAGGCCCCGUGAUGGUGUAGUGACUCGCUCCCACAAGUACACUGACCGUGACCACGCUGGCAUUGCCGAUGGCACUGCCGAGCGCGAAGCACGUCUUCCCAAGUACUUUGCCAAAUCCGGUCAUGCCGACACUGACCCAACCAAAACAAAGAAGGGCGGCAGCGGCAAAGGCAAUUGGGGUGCCAUGGGCGACGAAGUCGAAGACAUCAGGCCUAAUAUGGCCAAUGCUCGCCGUCGAAGUAACUCAUCGACCCAUAACUUAAAGGACUUCAAGACCAAAUUCGAGACUAUCGAGACUGAGCCCGUCUUCGAAGAAUCAAUCCACGGCCCAAUGGGUGAGGAGCUCGAGAAGCAGAGCACCACCUCUACCGAGAACAGCAUUGCUGAGGAGGACCAUGGCAAAAAGUUCUAG